CUUGGACUAAGCAGAAAGAGUCCCUGGUGGGUACAGAGGUGCUGCAGGAGGAGAGAGGACACCCUGCUUGCGGUCGCAGUCAUGGUUCCCAAUGCGCGGGCGUCUCUGCCCUUCCUGCCCACCCUGCUCUGCUGCUCGGCCGCCAGCCUCCUGCUGCUGCUGCGAUGGCGACGGCGAAAGGGGCUCUGGAAGAAGGUGAAGGAGGCUCAGCAGAGGCACGAUCGGGGCUUAGCACAGAUGGAGAAGGCUGCACUGGGCUUUCGGAAGCAGAAUCCCUCUGUGGACAUGGCCUCCAUCCUCUCUCUGUCCUUGCCGGAGCUCUCCAGGAAACUCCGUGAUGGCUCUCUCCCUCUGGAGCAGGUCUUCUACGCCUACGUGGGCAAGGCCCUCCAAGUCACCAGAGAGACCAACUGUGUCACAGACUAUCUGCAGGAAAGCGAGACCCAGCUCCAGCACGCAGCACAGCUAAGACAGCGGGGUUUGCUCUACGGGGUGCCCAUCAGCAUCAAGGACAACAUCAAUUACCAGGGCUACGACUCCACUAUGGGGUUUGUAAAAAACAUCAAUAACCCUGCGGCAGAGGACAGCGUGCUGGUGCAGGUGCUAAAGAGACAGGGGGCAGUUCCCUUCGUGAAAACCAACGUCCCUCAGUCCCUCAUCAGCUAUGACUGCGAGAACUUAAUCUUUGGUCAGACAUUCAACCCUCUGCUCUACGUUAGAUCCCCUGGAGGCUCCUCUGGUGGAGAAGGGGCACUUAUAGGAGCAGGUGGGUCCAUCCUGGGCUUUGGGACAGACCUCGGAGGGAGUCUGCGUUUGCCUGCUGCGUUCUGUGGGAUCUGUGCUCUCAAACCCACCGGGAACAGACUCAGCAAAAAAGGAGUCAUUUCUGGUAUCCUUGGGCAGAAGUCAGUGGUUGCAGCAGUGGGGCCAAUAGCAAAAGAUGUGGAGAGCCUGGCACUGAGUAUGCGGGCGCUGUUGUGCGAGGACAUGUUCAGCCUGGACAGCACAGUGCCCCCCCUUCCCUUCAAUGAAGAGGUGUAUUCUAGCACGCAGCCACUUCGCAUAGGCUACUAUGAAACCGAUUUCUUCACCAUGCCGAGCCCUGCCAUGAGACGUGCUGUUCGGGAGACAAAGCAGCUUUUGGAGGAUGCGGGUCACACACUGGUGCCCUUCAAACUUGAUAACAUCAACUACUUCAUUUUUAACUUAUGUGUCAGAGGAUUGUUUGCAGAUGGAGGCACCUCAUUUUCUAGCAAAUUCAAAGGGGAGCUGAACAGAAGCGGCAUUGGGCUGCUUUUGCGGUUGUCAGGAAUGCCAGACUGGCUAAAAACUCUCCUGUCCUGGAUUACCAAACCCUUCAUGCCCCGAUUGUCGAGUGUUAUAAGAAGCAUGAGAGUAAACACAGUGGAAGAGCUCUGGAGUCUUCACAAUGAGAUUGAGGAGUCUUGCCACAAAUUCAUCACCCAGUGGAAAAAACUGAAUCUGGAUGUCAUGCUUUGCCCUGUGCUGAGCCCCGCUCUUCCUAUCGGCUUCCCUAGGAAGCUUCCAGUGGCAGUCAGCUACACCAUCCUGUUUAACUGCUUGGACUUUCCUGCUGGAGUGGUCCCCGUCACUGCUGUGACGACCAAGGAUGAGGAGGAGCUGAAGGACUACAAAGGGCACUUUCAGGACUGGUGGGACCGGAUCCUGGCGAAGGGCUUUCACAACAGCGUGGGGCUGCCUGUGGCUGUCCAGUGCGUGGCGUUGCCGUGGCAGGAGGAGCUGUGCCUCCGACUCAUGCGGGAAGUGGAGAAACUCACUCAGGAGAAAAAUAAACUCUUCUGAGGCCUGCACAUCUGCCAAGAGCGGCAUCCGAGCAACACCUACAAGCGCUAACAGUGGUACAAGCCAUCGUUUCACUUAAUUAACGCACAGGACUCUCUACCACCUCUGAGGCUACACUGAUAGCUGUGAUGGUUGCUCGUUUUGGGGCACAAGGGGAAACUGAGGCGAAGUUUUGGCAAUGAUUGUCCUAAUACAAUCUUUUUCAUUAUUGAAAAA